GUUCAACAAAAAUUUAAACAACAUCAGACGAAGAAAAAAAAAAAUUGCCACUCUCUUUUCUGUUGUUGCCCACAAAGCCAUCGGCUUUAGAUAUUGGAAAUCACAAUAUUAGUUAUAUCAGCGCAUUCAACAUGUCAACAUCAAGGAAUAUUAUUCAACUCGGUUUAAUUGCACUGCUUGUGGGUUUGGUUGCAUCACAAGGGGAACCAUCAUCGACAAGAAAUACAAAUUUUUUACAUCGUAAACCAAACAGGAACUAUCGUACAAAAGCUACACAGAAACCAAAACCAACACCAUCGACCGAUGCCGAUGAAGAUGACGACGAAAUUCAAACGUCUGCACAUUGCCCGGAGCCAGAUGGUUUUUUUGCCGACAGUGAACAAUGCGAUAAAUAUUAUGCAUGCAGCGAUGGUCAAAUGACAGAAAAACUCUGCCCCGAUGGAAUGGUAUUCAACGAUUACAGUUCGGAUCAGGAGAAAUGCGAUUUACCGUACAACAUUGACUGCUCAAAACGUCCAAAAUUACAGGAGCCAAGACCAACAAUGAAUUGCCCCCGUCUAAACGGAUAUUUUGCACACAAAGGAACAUGCGAUAAAUUCUACUACUGCGUUGACGGCAUGUUUAAUCAAAUCACUUGUCCAUCUGGUUUGGUCUUCAACCCUCGCACAGGUAUCUGCACAUGGCCGGACGAGGCCCAAAAGAAGGGAUGUUCUUCAGAAGAAUUGUUUGCGUUCACAUGCCCGAAAGUUGAUGAAAAUACUGCAGCAACCCAUCCGCGAUAUGCCGAUCCUGAAGACUGCCAAUAUUUCUAUGUGUGCAUCAAUGGCGAACAACCAAGACGAAACGGAUGCAAACUUGGCCAAGCAUUUGACGAUGUUUCAAAGCGCUGUGAUUGGGCUCGCAAAAUUCCCGAAUGUGCUGAUUGGUAUAAGGGCCGUUUGACAGAUAAACAACUCGACGAAUUAGAGAAUCCACCACCACCAUCCACCGAGAAGCCAAAAGUGAAAAAGGGAUCAUCACGACGAAAACAUCCAAAAUUGCGUCAACGCGAAGAAGAAGAAAUAGCAGCCGAAACUGUUGAUGAAUAAACUCAACGAAACAACAACAAAACAACAAUGACUUUUGUUUUAAGUAGUUUAAAGUUAAGAGAAAUGUCACAUUCUUACGAAUCCAUGGAAUAUGAGAAUCAACUUUUGUUUGAAUAAACAACUAAAACGAG